CCAAAUUCAGGAGCGAUUCUGGGAAUUUGGUCCGGUCCCCCCAGUUUUCGACACCCCGUCUGGAAGGCCAUGUGCUGCUAUUGAACCAUACACAUCCGUUCGGAUGGUAGCCGUUUAUUUCUCGGAUAUAACCGGGCGAUUUCGUAGAUAUCGGGAUUCUACAAUCCUUAAGGUGUGAGUUCUCCUGCUCUUUCUCUGGUCAGUAUGCAGGGCUGGGUGACUCUGGCUGUGUUGCUGAGCCUUGGGGCCGAACACUCUCAUGGACAGAACGGUCUGGGUGAACUUGCAGUGCCCCGUGGUUUAAGCCUACAGCCUGAUUUACCUACACAGACUCUCACUUUGACCUGGCAGAGCGACUCAUCGCUUUUUGACAUCGAGAUUUUCCACACAGAGUUCAUGAAUGUGGUGCUAAAUGAGACUGUGGCAGUCAAUACCGAUCCAGUAACAGGACAGCAUAGUUGGACCUGGCACUCACCUUUACCACUACAGUGCACUUCUCAUUCUGUGCAGAUCAGAGCACGAAACCAGCAGUCGAUCAGCCCGUGGAGCCCCCUAGAGACCAUUCCAGGGUCAGAUAUUCCUGAGAGGUCCGGCCCUAAUAUGUAUCCCCAGGAUAAGGUGGUUCUAGUGGGCAGUAACAUGACCUUCUGCUGUAUUGUGAAGGAGAAGGACUCUUUUAAAAGUAUCAAGUAUGGCGAUCGGGAAAUGAGCGCCACACGUUUGAGCAGAAGAGCUUAUGCCAUUACAGUGAACAACCAGCCGUCAUCCAACACCACGGGCACAAACGUCUUCUGCAUCGUCCAGAAGUUGACAGCAGUUGAUGAGCUGAUCACAGGAGCUGUGGUGUUUGUAGGCUAUCCGCCAGGCGACAAGGAGCUCGUCUGCGAGACUCGGGAUCUGGCAUCCGCUAAGUGUUCUUGGAAGAAAGGCAGAGACACUCGCUUGAAAAAGAGGAACAGUCGCACCAACUACACCCUUAAUGGAAGGGUCUGUGGUGAGGCUAAUGAAGGGAAGAGCUGGGAGUGCAGCUCAGAGGUCUGGGAAAAAAACUGGACUCUGGUCGCUCGAAAUCCAAUUGGAACAAUCCAGCUCACUGACUCUGCUCAAAUUACUGACCGUGUGCAUCUGCUGGCUCCGGUAAAUGUGAUGGCAGAUCCAAAGGCCUGGAAUGCCACACUGCGCUGGAACUGGACUGUGGAGGCGUAUAAAAAACUGGAGAUGAUCUGCCAGAUGAAGCUCAUCAGUCGUCAGCUUUCCAGCACACGUAACUACAGUGGCACAGGUUUAUCUUCUGUCGUGCUGGAGGAUUUGUGGCCUGAUGUGGACUACACUGUGACUGUACGCUGCGCCUCUAAACAAAGUUUCUGGAAAUGGGGAGAUGAGAGCGCCCCCUGCAGGAUACGCACCAAAAUGGACUUUCCCGAUGCUCCUGAUGUGUGGAUCUGGAUGGACAGCAGUAACACAGGACGUGUGUUUUGGAAACCUCUGUCUGUUAGUGAAAGUCACGGUGCACUGAUCAGCUAUGAAGUUUUCCGAAGCGGCCUGACACCAGUAGUUCUUUCUCCUGGGAACAUUAGCUAUCCCAUCAUGCCUGACAGCGGCAGUGACAUCACCGUUUCUGUGGCAGCACGCAACCCAAAAGGUCUCUCUAAGGCAUCGAGUGCGACUGCACCAGCAUAUAGAGCAGAUUCUCAGCUGUCUGUCUCUAAGCUGCUUGGCACCGAUGGAAGAUUUGAUCUGUCCUGGCAGCCGAGUGCCAAUGCCAGCAGAGGGUAUGUGGUGGAGUGGGUUCCGAGCAGCUGCAGUGGACUCUGCCCCGUCCAGUGGGGGAAAGUUCCAGAAACAAAUAACAGCUUCACUAUAGAGAGAGAGUCUCUGGAGGAAGGAGUGAAGUUCACCGUGUCCGUGUUUGCUCUGUCAGCCGGAUCUCCUUCACUGCUGCAGAGGUGGCAGGGAUACUCGCAGGAGAUGAUUCCUUCACGGUCUGUUCGUGAACUAUCAGCCAAUCAAACUGGCUCGAAUGUGUUGUUGUCUUGGAAACCUGCAGAGAUGGACUAUCAGCGAGGAUUUAUUCUCGGAUACAACAUCUAUAUGGCGAAUGCUGCGCGUCUGGAUCUUAUAGCUAAUCUCUCUGACCCUGAGGUGCGCUCGUACAGGUUAAAGGGUUUGUCUCUGAGCUCGUAUAAGUUCAUAGUGAAGGCCUACACCUCAGCUGGGGAGGACGCAGGGACGAUGGUGUCCAUAAAGAUGGAGAUGGACACUGCCGACAUGUUGUUUGUUGGCAUCCUCGUGCCGUUGGUGUCCAUGUUCUCCUGCAUCAUCCUCAUCAGCAUCUGCUGCUACAAGAAGCGAGCAUGGGUAAAGAAAGCUUUCUAUCCUGAAAUCCCUGGACCUAAAGUACCUGGCAACUGGUCGUCUCCACAGGGGCCUCUGGACAUGAAGCCGUCUCCACACAGUCUGGUCCAGAUCGUGGAGAGUCCAGAGUGGGAUAUCACAAAAGAGAGUCUGGUUUCAGUACCAGAGGAAGAGGAGAACGAAAACAUGGAGGUGGACACAGACUCCGAUGAACCGGCUCUUCUAAAAUACUACAAUCAGGUUGUGGGACACGGCUCUCGCAGCAACCAGAUCUCCGAUUCCUCCGGCUCCUCCACGGCCUCAGUGGACUCCACACAGACCGAGAUCACCUAUGCCGGCAUCCAGAGCCCGACAUCAUCACAGGGAGCCCAUAGUGGAGGAUACAGGCCUCAAAUGCAGCCUUCUGAGAAUCCAGACGAGCCCCAAGAUCAGCUGGAUGAUGAUGAUGAUGAUGGCUUGAACACAGGAUAUAAACCCCAGUGUUCCUGGCAGAUGGACUCUCCAGAGGCGGAAAACUUCAGCGGUUCGCUUGGCAGCCCUACAUCCAUAACAUCAUCCCAGUUUCUCAUCCCAGAAUCCUCAGAGGAGAAACCGCAGUCGUCCAGCAGCUGGUUCCACAGUUUUCUCUCUGGGAAAUCCUGAAAACACAGAUGUGUGAGAGGAUGAUAUCAGGGUUUGUGAACCUUCUGGAAAUCCUUCACUAUUAUUGUCACUACUGUUUUUUUCGAGGACUUGUGUUUCUGACCAGAGAGGUAAAUUACUACUGAAGAGCUGAAAGAUGGCUGUUUUUCAUGCUCUCGCCCUAAGCAGUAUGACGUUUGCUCCCUAGAAACACUGCUUUUGUUCAUUUAACAGUGUUUGUGUCUCUUUUAGCAGUGAUUACAGUAAAAUGGAGACCAUUAUAGAGUAUUUUAUGCAUAUAAAGGGAUAGUUCACGCAAAAAUGAAUGUUUAUGCUCUAUUUGCUCACCCUCAGGUGGUUACAAACUUGAGUUUUUGUUUCUGUUGAACACAUAACAUGAUAUUUAAACAAAUACUAUAGAAGUCAAUGGUUACAGGUUUCCAACAUUUUUCUAAAUAUCUUCUUUUGUGUUCAACUGGAGAAAGAAAUCAAAGGGUGACUAAGCAAGACAGAAUGUUCAGUUUUGGGGUGAACUAUUCCUCAUAGCAACAUUUCAGUCAUUUUUCGUCCUACAUUUUCGUAGCAGUCAAAUGUAGGCUUUGUUUGCGGAUUUUCAUUUCAAAAGACCAUUUGUUCUCAAAUCUACGCUAGUUUCAGGUGAUUUUAAAUAUUUUAUGUAGCCUCAAGCUAGUUUCUUUCUUCCAGUGUUAAUGUAUACACACUUGCACAUUGAAUAAGCUGACAGAACAAAAGGAAAGCAGAUUGGGGGAAACGAGCCUCUCGGAUUUAGCUUAAAUCGUGCAUGAAUGUCCACUGUUUGCCGAACACAUUUGUUAAAGUGUUUACAUGAUCCUACGUUGCGUGUAAAGAUGCCUGUAAACACAUUGUGGCUUCAUAAUGGCAUGUAGCUAGUUAGUUGUGUGUAUUUGUGUUCAACGGAUCUUGCUACACAGUAUUGCAUUGUAAAAACUUUACUUCGAUAAGGUUGCACGAUUUAUUGGAUAAUGUAUAAUAUUGGAAAAAUUAAUUGGGAUUGCAACUCAAAUAUUCAGAUUUGCAUUUUUUUCCCCAAGGUGU